AUUACUUGGAGGAGGAAGACAGCAGAGACGGAGGAGACAGAGCCAAGGCAGCUGAAAGAAAGCAAACUCAGCAUGGAAAGAAAACUUGUGUCCUUAUCUCCAUCCAUCUCCGCAUCAGAAAUGGAAAUUAACAGCACCUUCAGCGAUCACCAUAGCAACAGGAACUGCACAGCUGAAAACUUUAAGAGAGAAUUUUACCCCAUCGUGUACCUGGUAAUAUUUAUCUGGGGAGCCUUGGGAAAUGGCUUUUCCAUAUAUGUUUUCCUGCAACCUUAUAGGAAGUCCACAUCUGUGAACAUUUUCAUGCUCAAUCUGGCUACUUCGGAUCUCUUGUUCACAGCCACACUGCCCUUCAGGGUGGACUAUUACCUCAGAGGGUCCAAUUGGAUAUUUGGGGACCUGACUUGCAGGAUUAUGUCUUACUCUAUGUAUGUCAACAUGUACAGCAGCAUUUACUUCCUGACUGUGCUGAGUGUGGUGCGUUUCCUGGCCACCGUUCACCCCUUCCGGCUCCUUCAUGCCACCAGCAUCAAGAAUGCCUGGAUUGUUUGUGGCAUCAUAUGGGUCUUUAUCAUGGCUUCCUCAAUAACGCUGCUGAACAAUGGCUCUGAGCUGAAGGGCAAUGUCACCUCGUGCUUGGAGCUGAAUCGUGAUAAAGCUCCUAAACUGAAGACCAUGAACUACAUUGCCUUGGUGGUGGGCUUUCUGCUGCCCUUCUGCACGCUCAGCAUCUGCUACCUGCUGAUCAUCCGAGCUCUGCUGAAGGCGGAGGUCCCAGAAUCAGGGCUGCGGCUUUCUCACAGGAAGGCAUUGACCACCAUCAUCAUUGCCUUGGUCAUCUUCCUCCUGUGCUUCUUGCCCUAUCAUAUACUGAGAACCCUCCACCUGCUCCAGUGGGAGGCGGAUACAUGUAGCGACCUGCUGCAUAAAGCUGUGGCCAUCACACUGGCUAUGGCGGCAGCCAAUAGCUGCUUCAACCCUUUGCUUUAUUACUUUGCUGGAGAGAAUUUUAAGGACAGACUAAAGUUUGCACUCAGGAAACAUCAUCCACAGGAACCAAAGUGCUGCUUUCCUUUCUGUGUGUGGCUGAAAAACGAAACAAGAGUAAAGCUACAGGAGAGUUUGCUUCUCCAAAAUAAGAGAGUAAACCGAGAUAAAGGAAAACAUGACAUCUAG